GUCCGCGGUGCCACAAGCCUCAGUGUUUACUUCUGCCGCCUGCCAGCCGGGCGGGGAAGGGGAGUACCCGGCCACCCCUCACUUUAGCUCCUGCAGCUUUCCAAACAAACCAGGGCGGGAUGGGAGUGUCUUCUUGGCUGUGGAGAUCGAUCCUCCUACCUUGUCCUGAAGCCACCCGCCGCCUUUCCUCGUCCCUCCCUUCGCGGUGAUUUUCCGGUCCCGGCGCCCGGCGAGGGCGCGCGGCUGGUGUCCGCCCAGCCGGAAAGGUAGGGGUUCGGCUGUGCUCCCGCCUCGCCCCCCACGCCUCACCCCCCGGGAGGCCCGCAGCCUCCCACCACUUUGCACCUUCCUCCCCGAAUUUGGGGGCGGCCGCGGCCACCGUGCAACUGGCGCCAGCCGCGGAGCAGGAGGAGCUUCCCGCGACUCCGGAGGCGCUCGGCGCAGUCGCCCGGGAUCGGGGCUGGCGGGAGUCUGAGACUCCGGGCAGCGCUGCUCCUUCCUCUGCUCCCCCCGCCAGAUUCUGGGGGAAGGAAUCGUGCCCGCGCCGCCCCUGGCCCGCGCCACCUUCCUUUGGUUUCUGCCGGCCUCGGGCUUCUGCGGCCCGAUGCGGCAGGCGCCGCGAGAGAGGCAGCAGCCGGCUGGAGCAGCGGCCCCCCAGGUCGCGGAGCCCGGUGCGCCUCUGCGGUCGUCGCUCCUGGGCCUCGGCGGGUCACUGCCGGCCGGCUUCGCUGCAGGUUUGCAUUGCCCGGGUGAGCCAGCCAUGAGAGGGUAUCUUGUGGCCAUAUUCCUGAGUGCUGUCUUCCUCUAUUAUGUACUGCAUUGCAUAUUAUGGGGAACGAAUGUCUAUUGGGUGGCACCUGUGGAAAUGAAACGGAGAAAUAAGAUCCAGCCUUGUUUAUCAAAGCCAGCUUUUGCCUCUCUGCUGAGGUUUCAUCAGUUUCACCCUUUUCUGUGUGCAGCUGAUUUUAGAAAGAUUGCUUCCUUGUAUGGUAGCGAUAAGUUUGAUUUGCCCUAUGGGAUGAGAAUGUCAGCGGAAUAUUUUCGACUUGCUCUUUCAAAACUGCAGAGUUGUGAUCUCUUUGAUGAGUUUGACAACAUACCCUGUAAAAAGUGUGUGGUGGUUGGUAAUGGAGGAGUUUUGAAGAAUAAGACAUUAGGAGAAAAAAUCGACUCCUAUGAUGUAAUAAUAAGAAUGAAUAAUGGUCCUGUUUUAGGACAUGAAGAAGAAGUUGGGAGAAGGACAACCUUCCGACUUUUUUAUCCAGAAUCUGUUUUUUCAGAUCCUAUUCACAAUGACCCUAAUACGACAGUGAUUCUCACUGCUUUUAAGCCACAUGAUUUAAGGUGGCUGUUGGAAUUGUUGAUGGGUGACAAAAUAAACACUAAUGGUUUUUGGAAGAAACCAGCCUUAAACCUGAUUUAUAAACCUUAUCAAAUCCGAAUAUUAGAUCCUUUCAUUAUCAGAACAGCAGCUUAUGAACUGCUUCAUUUUCCAAAAGUGUUUCCCAAAAAUCAGAAACCUAAACACCCAACAACAGGAAUUAUUGCCAUCACAUUGGCGUUUUACGUAUGUCACGAAGUUCACCUAGCCGGUUUUAAAUACAACUUUUCUGACCUCAAGAGUCCUUUGCACUACUAUGGGAAUGCCACCAUGUCUUUGAUGAAUAAGAAUGCGUAUCACAAUGUGACUGCAGAGCAGCUCUUUUUGAAGGACAUUAUAGAAAAAAACCUUGUAAUCAAUUUGACUCAAGAUUGACUCUACAGACUCAGAAGAUGAUGCUAACAGUGUUAGUUUUAUUUUUGUACUGCAAUUUUUAGUUUAAAAUAUGUUGGAUGCACUCGUCAAAUAAUUAUGUAUAUUGUCUGUUGCUGCCUGGUGAUUCAUAACCACCAGCUUAAUUUCUGUGAAUAUUGUAUAUUUAACUUAUGAAAACCAAGAAAUGUUAAGAUAUCAGGAAAAUAAGUUUUGAUUGCAUUGUUUUUAAAAUAAGCUAGUUUUCUGAGGUGUUUUCACAUGUCUUUUUAUAGUUACUUCAUCUUAGAUUUUUGAAGGGAUAUGACUUCCUACUAAGGAUUUAGUUUACCACAACAAUUCUGACUAUAAGAAGACAUUUUGAGAAGUAUAUUUGGCCACGGUAAACAUGGCUGGUGGAAAAUCACAUGAUUGUGGCUUGAUGUGGCAAGCCGAAACCACUUGGCUCUGGAAAUCUAAAUUCAUACUGGUUUAAUUAAGCUCUCCCCUGACAACCCCCAGAAUUAAAUGAACCAUGAUUGUGAAGAGUAAUUUGGUACAAUGAAGGCAGGGUUUUUAAGUAAGUUAAAGGAAAUGGGCUAAACAUAAAGUUCUUAUUAGAUAAGUAAAUAACUAAAGAAUACAAUUAUACUAAACUCUGAUGGCUUUGUAUUAUUUUAAAGAAAUGAGGUUUAACUUUAUACAAUGAAGCUAAGCCAGGCAAGCUCAAGAAGGAAAAAAAAAAAUCUUGAACAUUAUUUUUUUUUUGCCUGACUUAUUCAUUAAAUUUUGAAGGUUUUCCACUUGAAGUAAAUUAGGAAAGGUAAAGAAGACAACAGAACAAGUAAAUACUUAAGUCAGGCUGAGGCUGGGCAUGGUGACUCACACCUGUAAUCCUAAAACACUUUGGGAGGCUGAGGGAGGCAGUUGGAUUGCCUGAACUCAGGAGUUCAAGACCAGCCUGGCCAACAUGGUGAAACCUCAUCUCAUCUCUACUAAAAUACAAAAUAAUUAGCUGGGUGUGGUGGUAUGCGCUGUAGUCCCAGCUACUAGGGAGGCUGAGGCACGAGAAUUGCUUGAGCCCGGGAGGCAGAGGUUGCAGUGAGCUGAGAUCGCACCACUGCACUCCAGCCUGGGUGACAGAGCGAGGCUGUCUUCUAAAAAAAUAUAAAAAGUGAAGUUGGCAUUUUUGGAUUUAAAUGGUACAAAAAGAAAAUCUCAUUUUCCCAUGAUUAAAACUAAUCUUAAGAUGGAAAGCUUGCCUGGCUACCUAGGGUGCACCAGAGAAUCUGAUCCAAUGCAAGGCGGUCAAUCCUACAAAUGUGGUGAGCUAGUCUCCCUUCCUAUAUUUUCAUGAGUGUAACCAAAGGCCAUCUGGAGGUAGGGGAAUGAGAGGUGAAGGAACAGGACAACAGAAGUUAUAAGGAUGGGUAAAAGUUGUCAGAAGAGGUAUGAGCUGAAGAACGAAUUACUCUCUUUUGAACAAUAAAUACAAUUGGGAAACACUGGAAAACCAUGGCUUGAUUACUGACAACCAACCUGCCUCUUUAAAGAGGGUGUAUAAAGGGUGAAAUACAUUAGAUUUGGCUCAGAAACAGAAUGCAGUCCUUAUAAAGCAGGAUAAAGGGGAGAAUAGUAGUAGUUGAUUUAACCCAGAUCAGACAUUAUGAAUACCACCAUAUGUUUGCAGAGUCCCACAGUUUUGAUUCUUCUUACAACUUUGAGAUGCAAAAGGAAGAAGGUACCAGAACUGGAAUCACAGGUAAUCAUCAGUGUGAUUUUCCCCUCAUACCACACAGCCAUAGGCUGCAGUGUGGCUGCUGAAGUUCAGUUGAUAUAAAGUAAAUCAUGCUUCAAAAAGGAUGGUGCUGUGGGUACACAAGGACAUAAAGAUGGGAAUGAUUGACAGACACUGAGGACUGGGGUGGGGGGAGAGAGGGGAGGGCAAGGGCUGAAAGACUGUGUAUUGGGUACUAUGCUCACAACCUGGAUGAUGGGAUCAUUCAUACCACAAACCUCAGUAUCACACAAUAUACCCAUGUAACAAACCCGCACAUGUACCCUUAGAAUCUAAAAUAAAAGUUGAAAUUAUUUUUCUUAAAAAAGGAUGGCGCUGUUCAUAGAAAAAGUCAAAUUAAAAACCAAUAGUGGCAUUUUCAAAUGUUGCUGGAAGCACAAUAUUGGCCAUAAAUUAGUGAGGUUAAAAUAGAAGAAUCUGGCAUUUUAUAGUGUAAGGAAAAGCUACAAACCUCAAGGUUGUUUUAUUUAAACCAAAUAAUCUGAGCAAGACAUAUAUACAAUUUAUUAAAAACAAAUGAACACAUUAAAAUUUCACUAUUUUACAAUCUAAAUUCUAGCAACAUAUACAAAUACUGAGUGACUACAGUACAUGCCGAGGUAAGAAAAGUACAUUCUGGGAGGAUAUCACUGACACUCAAACCGUUUUUAUUUCCAAUAUGUAUUUCAAUACAUGUUUGUUUCCACUUUCCCCAGUGCCACAAAAAAAAAAAAAAAAAAAAAAGUCACAAGUUGGAUUACAUGAGAAUUGGUGCCACAGUUGACUUUAAAAGCAUUUUAAUAACCAUCCAACUCUUACUUAGAUUUUGCAGUUUAGGGACUUCAAGUUCAGAACCAAAAAGCAGAGAAUCAUUUCAUCUGACAUGAUGUUUCUAUAGGCCUCUUGCUCUCUAGGUGACAAUGCAGAGCCAGGGCAAAGGUGUUCAAGCUUUGUCACUUUCCACAGCUUUGUGGCCACAUUCAUAUUUAGAUAAGCUCGGACUCUGCUCCCCUCUUCUAGGGAUGGGGAGAGGCAAGUGUGUAUGUGUUGUCAUACUUACUGCAUUAAUUCUUCACUCGAACCGCUUACAUCAGCAAACAAACCCAUUGUUCAAUGCAAAGUGCAAACAGUGAAACAUGAACUUAAAUAAACUUGACUAGACCCAUCACAUCCAACAGGAUCUACUUAGAUUUACAGCAUUUAAUAAAGUAUAAGUCAGAAUUCACAAUAUCUUAAACUGUGCUGUUUCCUAAGAUCAAGUAACAGCCAAGUCAGUGUAAUUUUAUGAAACCUGUAAUGGCCACAUUUGUUGUGUCUCUGAUGUAUUUCUAUGAUUGCAUUAACAGGAAAAAACUUAAUCCAAUACACCAGUGACUUUGAGUCUUAAAUGUUGCAAGCAAAGGAUAAAAAUCCAAGGGAAUUUUGUCAGAUAUGGUUACUUUCACAUUUUCAGUUGUUACUUGAUUGUCUCCAAAGCUGCGUAUGUAUCAGACAUAUAAAUGUAGUAAAAAAAACAAAAACAAAUAGAAAACCUCUACUAUAAAAACCAAUGAACUAAAAAGAAGUACAAAGCAGAAAAACCAUUUCAAUCAGGCUCAGCUCUUCAUCUGGAAAGUAAAGUUUAUAUAAAAGUUGUAAAAACUAGAUAUUUUAUAAACAUUACUGGUAGUUCAAGGAUAACACAGUGGCAAUAUGAAUCGAGUCUUAAAAUAUGCAUCAUUUCAGAAAACACUUGCCUCUCUUAAAAAAAAAAAAAACCCAAAACUAAAC